AAGCUUGUUUAGCUAUUUUGCUUAUUUGUUCGCAGGCAGCUUGCUGAAGCUGGUGCUCAUGUUGUGAUGGCCGUGAGGAACACAAAGGCAGCUCAGGAGCUGAUACAGCAAUGGCAGAACGAGUGGUCUGGUAAAGGUCUACCACUUAAUAUCGAGUCAAUGGAAGUUGAUCUUCUAUCACUAGAUUCUGUCGUGAGAUUUGCCGAUGCUUGGAACGCCCGGUUAGGACCUUUGCAUGUUCUGAUUAACAAUGCCGGCGUGUUUGCUAUGGGAGAGGCGCAAAAAUUCUCAGAGGAUGGAUACGAGCAACACAUGCAAGUGAAUCAUUUAGCUCCAGCCCUACUUUCAGUGCUUCUUUUGCCGUCUCUGAUCCGAGGCUCUCCUAGCCGAAUCAUCAAUGUGAAUUCCGUUGUAAGUUUUAUCAUCACUGACACUGCUGGCUCUAAGUCUCUGUUCUCUACUUUUCUGUUCUCGUUGAUGCAUUGUGUCGGUUUUGUUGACCCGGAUGACAUGAAUGUUGUCUCUGGUAGACGUAAGUACUCAAGCCUUAUAGGAUACUCAAGCAGCAAGCUUGCCCAGAUUAUGUUUAGUAGCAUUCUAUUCAAAAAGCUCCCUCUAGAAACAGGAGUUAGCGUCGUUUGUCUAUCUCCCGGUGUUGUCCUAACAAAUGUUGCCAGGGAUCUACCGAGGUUUCUUCAAGCUCUUUACGCCAUCAUACCAUAUUUCAUAUUUUCACCCCAAGAAGGUUGUAGAAGUUCUCUAUUCUCGGCCACAGACCCUCAGGUUCCAGAGUACUGGGAAACACUAAAAACAGAUGAUUGGCCUGUUUGUCCGUUCAUCUCUCAAGAUUGCCGCCCUGCAAAUCCUUCCGAAGAAGCACACAACACAGAAACUGCACACAGAGUGUGGGAAAAGACGUUAGAGCUGGUGGGUCUUCCUAUCGAUGCAGUUGAGAAGCUCAUAGAAGGGGAAAACAUCCACUGCCGUUAUGGAGAACAACACGAAUAGUCUUCCAAACAAUUCCACAGGUUAAAGUGAGCCCUUACAGAUCAAAGGGUAAGUAAUUGAGAAAAAUACCUUUUUUUGUGUUGAUUUACUAUACAUUGGGGAAUGAAUCCCCCAGGGAUGUGGUUUGGUUGAGAAUGUUUGAUUGUUGGAUAAAAGUCAAGCUUUUAGCUACCAUUCCAUGGCUUUACUUACAAGUCUUGUUCAAGUGUUUGGUUAAGUGUGUCUUGAGUUAUUAAGAUAUUUAGUAUGGUGGCCUGGGUUGGUGGUAGUUUCUUGUUUGAGUAGAGGGUAUAUCCGUAAACUUUUCUAUAGUUUGUGCAGUCACGUUGCUCAUAUAUAUAUAUGAAUAGAGUCAUCUCUCUUACUCUCAUGGACAAAAGUCACAAAAAGUGAUAAAAUCUCCUUCCACUUCCUAAUGUUUCUUGCUUAAAUGAGUAUUCCAUGUAAAUGAUUCACUCAUCUCAAAUGGGUGGGUUGGUCUGGGUUUCUUCUCUACAUGAGAUGCUCAUUUGAGCAAGCAAUGUUUGGAAGUGGAACUAUUAAAUAGUAUCAUGUAUAACUUUUUUUUUUUUUUUGCUUUUGUUAUAAACAUUGAGAAGAAAAGAAAAAAGAAAGUUGGAUUUCAUUGUCAUGCCCACUUCACGUGAAUCUAAUGCGUUCAAGUUUGUGGUCUA